AUGAAAGACUUAGCUGGGUUCGAAUGCACGAGGUGCAACUUCAAGUUUACACAGAAGUCCUCACUCAUUCGACAUUCAAAAAAAUGUGUGGAUGGACGGCCUCGGAAUCUCCGAAAAAAGUCUUGUUGCGAGUGCUCGGCUGCGAAGACGCGCUGUGAUCUAAGGCGUCCGUCAUGCUCGAGAUGUGAUCUGCGAAAGACUCUGUGCAGUUAUCCCCCUCCUACUACCACUUCUUCUGAGUCUGUAGGACCCGACUUUGCUUCUGGGAAUUUUGGACCGACACAAAGUGGUACCACCAAAGAUUCUACUUUACCUGAAACUGCUGUAUCGGAACCAUUGCCCUUCGAAUAUGGACAAGUUGAUGCGAUGUUAGCUCACUAUUUUGAACCUCCUCUUCCGGUGAGCGUACCGCAGCAUAUUCCUUCUCCGUAUCCUCUAUACCUUGGAGUGCCAGAAAAUGGCCUAUCCACGUUCGGAGAUUUUAGUCGCCUUGAUAAUUUGAGCAACUAUGUCCCGUUGAUUAGAAACAUGCCUGGGAUGUGCAGCAACGAAUCUACGCAGUUGGCCCCCACGGUUAUGGGGUCUGAUGCUUCAAAAUUUGUGGUGAUUCAACGUAACAUGGAAAUAAUUUUUCGAGUAACUCGAACGUGGCCUCGAAUGCUAGCUAAGGGUACUCAUUUACCACCAAUCAUACACCGUACCCAACUCUCCGGUGAAACCCUUCCAACAACCCUGGAAAACUGCUUUAUCCUCACCAAGAUGUGGGGCGCACAGCGGCGUGGAGGAAUAAAUAUUAUUCAGCAGACGGUUAAAAAAGAGAUGCAGGCCAUUGUGAAUUUGUUCCCAACUUUUGACGAACGGAACCUCAUUGCAGCUUUACAAGCACUGACGAUAUACAUGCUACUACUCCUCUUCCCUUCCAACAACCAACCGGGGGUCUCACUAAUUGAUGAAAAGCUGAUCGGAGAAGUGAAUGGUUUAAUCCGUUACGUUGCGUCGACUGGUCUGGUACUCGAAGAAGAGAGCAACCGCGUUCGACCCUUAUGGGAAUCAUGGAUCCACGUUUCGUGCAAACGACGAGCUCUUCUAAGUUUAUAUACAAUACAUUGGGCGUACAGUGCAUUCUUCUGCUUACCAUCUCUUAAUUGUGCAGAUCUAAGCAAUAUCCCCGCGCCUGCAGCGAAAUACCUAUGGGAAGCCAAUUCAAAGGAGCAAUGGGAGUCACUCUACAACCGCUGGUUAGUCCAAUGGGAUGGACCGUCGCUAUGUCAACGGGAACUUUUCGACAUUUCUCGUGGAGUGCGAAUGGGGCCCCGAGUGGAGUUGUGGCUUGAAGAUGCGGACGAAUUUGGCAUGCUGUUUGUCGCGCUAUGUAAGCAUGAAACCCCUACGUAG